AACGACCUUGCAUUCAUUGCCGAUCUCAGUUUCUGAAGCUUCAUUAAGGAGCCUUUCGUUUUUGAUCUGAUAUCUUUGUUUUUUGGGGUGGAGAUCAGAAAAUGGAUGUUGGACUUGUUGCAUUGCUGAGACUCACUUGGGUUGCUGCCAUUCUUCCCAUUAUCUUAGCUUCACUGCGUUUGAGACCCUUUCAUCAAACUAUAUUAGGGGUAGCAAAAAGAGGGAAGACAAUGCAUCCAUCUUCCUCUAAGUUCACAGUUCCUCAGAGAUUCUUCUCUCAUUUCUACAUGGCGGGUACCCUGUGGACAACCCUUUUGCUACUCACCACAUGGCUAUAUGCAUGCACUGCUGGCUCAACCUCAUCAACCAUCUUUGCAUUGCACAAAUCCCACAGGGUAUGGCGUACUGUGUUCCUGCUUUGGUUGAUGGAAGCUCAAGUCUUGAGACGCCUUUACGAGUCAUUAUAUGUAUUCCAUUAUCGGCCCUUAGCUCGAAUGCACAUAUUCGGCUAUUUCAUUGGCAUGAGUUACUACAUAGUAGCACCAUUGUCACUUUGCUGCACUUGUGCCCCGGAGGUGUUUGAGUUUACUUUGGAUCUGGUGUCUGAAGGAAGGAAACAAUGGCAGCCAUUGGAAGUGAUAGGUGGGAACAGAUUCCCUUUGUGGCUUAGAUGGAAGCAGUGGGUUGGCAGUGCUAUAUUUCUAUGGGGUUGGAUUCAUCAGCUCCGUUGUCAUGCAAUUCUUGGUUCAAUGCGAGCAGGAGGUGAAGAGUAUGUAAUCCCGAAAGGGGAUUGGUUUGAAAUUGUUUCAUCUCCACACUAUUUGGCUGAGAUUGUCAUUUAUGUUGGCUUGUUGAUUGCUAGUGGAGGAGCAGACAUCACCAUUUGGUUACUCCUAGCAUUUGUGGUCACAAAUUUGGGGUUUGCAGCAGCUGAAACACAAAAGUGGUAUAUUGGUAAAUUUGAAGAUUACCCAAAACAUCGAUAUGCCAUGAUUCCCUUCAUCUUUUAAUGUUUUAGGGCAGGAGUAAUAAUUCGUCCCACAUUGAAUGCCAAGUGGUGUUUGAGAACCUUACACUAAUUGAUGGGCUUGUUACUUGUGUAAUACUAAAACCCUACUUUUGCCUUUCUUGGCAUCAUUUGAUCCUAUUAAUUAUGCCUGCAUACCUUUUUAUAUCAA